AUGUCUGGCCCUCCAUUCAAUUGCUCCGAGCUGCAGCAGCUCCCCAAUCCAUUCAACGAGCUUUCAUACAUGCCCCCAGGAACAGCACAUGCGUUUCAGAUCGCACAGUAUAUUAUGGUUGGCUCCAUGGGGGCUUUAGCAUGGGAGUUGUUACUCAACCUGCCAACUGAUCACCGGCUGCUUUUUGAAUAUAGAGUCACCUUCCCGACCAUCGUGUAUUAUUUCUCGAGACUCUCUACCCUCUCAUACGUGCUCUCCAGUACUAUCUUUCAGACUUACCCAACCGGCUACUGCGUGGUGAUUCAGAGGGUCGUCACAAUCUCCAUGGCCAUAUCCGUCUCCUCGACCAGUCUACUCUUUUACUUCCGUAUGGCCGCCGUUUUUCACAACAACAGACUCGUAAUGGCCGUUUAUGUCGUCUUAUGGCUUGGAGUUGUCGCGGGUGGCAUAAUGCUUGUUGUCUCCUCAACAGGUGGUUCCAUGCCGCUUCCAGAAUAUUGCACGAUGUCCAACAUGGAGAAUUAUGGUGGUGCGAUUGGAGUCAUGGUUCUCAUCCACGACACAUUCGUCUUCACAGCGAUCUCGUGGAGGAUCGUUCAUCAUAGUUACGGUGACGGUGAAAACUCUAAGAAGAGGAGAAUGCGCAUUUUCCUUUUCGGCGAUUACCUGCAACCAAUUUCGAGAACACUACUGCGAGAUGGGCAGUUUUAUUAUGUCGCCAAGAUUGGGUGUAAUCUGGUGAUCGUCAUUCUGUUCUACAUCUAUUCACUCUCACUCGUAUACCGAACAUUCUUCACCAUCCCAAAUGUGUUUGUCACGAACUCGAUGGCGUGUCUCAUCGUUCGCCAUGCGAAGCUCUCACUUGGGUCUUCGGGGAAAAUUCACGAAGUAGAAGAAGACAAGUCGAUUCCUCUUGCACUUCCGAAACAUGAUGGUGAACGCCAUCGCGCGGGUUCAGUGUCAGAUUGUACUGCCGAACCUGGGGUUACGAGUAUCCGUAUUGUUAAGACGGUCAAUGUGGAGCAAGUGCAAGACUUUAAGAUUGGAAUGGGAGAAUGCUGCGACAAGAGUAUCUAG